CCUUUGUGAAGGUACCCAACUAUAAAGGCGCUGGGUAGGAUAUUUUGAGUUUUGGUGAUUAUAGUUGGAGGAAGAAUGAAUGUUGAAGAAGAGGUUCAGCGACUCAGCCAAGAAAUCAAGAGGCUUGGCAAGGUCCAAGAAGAUGGUUCUUACAAGGUGACAUUUGGAACACUAUUUAAUGAUGACGAAUGUGCAAACAUAUUUGAAGCACUUGUUGGGACACUGAGAGCAGCGAAAAGGAGAAAAGUACUGACAUACGAAGGUGAGCUACUGCUGCAAGGAGUCCAUGAUAACGUGGAAAUUACACUUAGUCCUCCUGCCUCUGCCGCAUCAUAAACUUGAAACACCAACUUGUUUUUAUGACCCUUGUAAUGGUAUAAUGCGUGCAAUAUAUAUAAGCGUGUGGAGGAGACUUCAGGCAUUAUCUCCUCGUAUUACCAUUCAGGUUGAGGUAAAUGUUUAAGCAUGCAUCAAAUGCUAAAACCAGAAUUUGUUGAUUGCAAUUUUUAUGAAACGAUGUUAUACCUA